AGACAACAUUUCAACAUCGCUCUCCACUUGACCGACUUCUGGUCCCCCGUAGAGAUGGAUGAAGAUCUUGAACGUGGGCUCGUGGCGUCUUUGUUGGAACAAGCAGGUCAAAUCGAUGAAGAUGCGCAGCUCCAGGAAGCCAUUCGACUUUCCAAGGUCGAGACUAGGGUAAACUCUUCUACACCCGUUGAUGAUCAGCUCCGUGAGAGGAGUGCGAGAAUGAAACGCAAGGCGGAAGAGGAGCUACGGCCAUACAGCGUAAAGCGCACAUCCUCCGCUUCUCUCUCCAUGAACAUACCCAGCACCAGAUCUUCAAGGUCGACCGCUCUCGCAAAAGCACAAGACAAUGAAAGCGAGGCUGUGCUGGACGAUACCAGUAAAGCAGCGACUUGGCCGUCCGGUCCAGGCUCGGCGGCAGGGGCAAAGGCUCCGAAGAGAAGCUUAGCUGCAACUAAAGAGAUUUCCCCCCCUCCAUUGAGACGGAAAGUUGCCACUGGGUCUUCCCUCCCUUCAGCGGCUCCAUCAAAAGUCAAGAUUGCCUACUCAAAUGGCGCCCUUCGCAUCACCCGUACGCCAGGUCGGACAAAGACUAAAAAUUGCGUCAAUCUAGAAGACGUGAUUCAUAAGCAGCAUCUCGUGUCGGCCUGUGUGUUCUCCUUCUUUAUCAGCGAGGAGGAGUUCUAUGGUCAUUUUCCUCUUUCGCAUUCUUCUGAUGCAGUGCCUAUAUACAUUGGCCGAGACGUAAACAUGGAUCCGAUGGUUCAAGAAGCAUGUCACCAGGCCGGCAUAUCCUUCAAAGAUAAAGACAAACUAUCGAACAAGCAGCUGCAAAGCAUCCUCCCCACUCUCCACCAGCUUUCUGGCCAGCGGUACGGAAAGAACUACCAUGCCUUCUACGCGUGGUCUCCCGGCUGUUCGCACUCAAAAAUACUUCUCCUCGUAUACUCCAGUUUCCUGAGACUUGUCGUGACUUCAUGCAACAUGAUGGAUAUCGAUACUGUUCUAGGCGAUAACCACUGGUACAUGCAUGACCUGCCAAAGCUUUCCUCGCGAGCCAAAUCCGAGCCCUCCUCGUUCGAGGCGGGCCUCUUGGCACAUCUGCAAGCUCUGAGUACACCCAAUGCUUUCCUCGACUCCAUUCGAGGAAUGUAUGACUAUUCCGCAGUCAAGGUGCAUCUUGUCACUUCCGCUCCCGGUGUAUGUGCUGGUAUCAAGGCAGAGAAGCAUGGCCUUCUUCGUCUCAGACGCGUCAUCCAAGAUCUCAACCUGAAACUGCCUCAAAAAGAGAGCGGGGAUUUGAGACUCGAAAUAUGCGCAGCAAGCAUCGGCAAACUAUCCGCCAAGUGGCUCAGUGGCUUCAAUGAUUGUGCUCUGGGAAAGGGAACGAUUAAAGUCGCUGAUGAGGGCUGUGCCGUCCCAGACUUGAAAUUGUUCUACCCAAGUGUUGGGGAUGUCAAGAAGGCACACGAGUCCGCUCAAAACGCAGCUAGCAAUAUUGGGUGCGCCACACGUCCGUGGGACAAUGCUCCAGAUGGAAUCAAGAACAUCUUCCACCACUAUGAAUCGAAAGAUACCGGGCGGCUAUAUCACCAGAAGUUCAUUAUGGCAUACAAUCCCCGAGACUCAAAGGCUCUGCCGUAUUUUGUCUACAUAGGUUCUGCAAACUUGUCCCAGUCCGCAUGGGGUGCACUCGAGCAAGACAAGAAAGCAACCGAGGCGACCUGCAAUACGAAGCUUAUCAAGCUGAGCAACUUUGAGUGUGGCGUGGUGAUUCCUGGCCACCUGAUGGAAGGUUUGCUAGAGCCGGGCACUGAAGGUUGGCAGAGUGGUAUCGUUCCUUAUGUCCAGACUGGAAAGCGGUACAGUCUACCCAAAGAUAGACCAUGGAACGAUCCGAGGUGGGUUCAGAACUGGCAGGAAGACUACCGAGGAACCUAGUCUCAAAAUGUCUAGGGUGGGCUGUAUUCUCGAAGUGUUAUGGCUGAAAUUAGGCGAGAUACCCCUUUUCUUCGAUCCCGGAAACUUGCAAAUUCUGCGAACAUUUCAUAUUCCAAAACCUCGCAAAACCGAACCUGCACCGUGCACCUCGAAUAUCUAAUACAUUGCCAGUGGCUUGGAAAUUAUCUAGCCCCCAUAUUUUAGCGACAUUCUAUCGGAAGCAGCUAGGUAAUCGCGAACGAAGGACCUUUAGCUUGCGACCGCAAACGGAAUGAAUUGCAUCGCGAUUGUAAACUGGAUGGUUUAUCUCGUCGCGGAUAUAACGGUGCUAGUAUUUUCCGAACCGUACAUAUGACAUCUUCAAGAAUAAGCAUGCUCCCGAUCAUGUUGGUCCUAGGUGCGGGUGUUCAAGAGCUACAAAUCCAACGAGGUAUCUGUCCUUGUUGAUAGUUUUUCUAUAUAUAUUUUUUACACGAGAUUAAC